AAUCACAUGCGAGCAAGUCUGAGAUGUUUUAAAGUAAUUCACAUCAUAUAUAAUUAGAUAGUGGGACAAACUAUUGAGUAAUAGAAAAUUACCACGCCCAACAUGAGAAGGAGAGAUGCCUUCACUUUGUAGUUUGUACUAACAAAGAUGAAAGAGACCCCGCAACCAACUGCACGGCUUCAUGUAUUUAUGCCUAGCUUGCUCCUUGGUAUCUGCUCAUCAGACAUCCACUUGCACUUGCUCCUACAACCGGUUUGUAAUAGGCACAAGAUGGCCCAUGUAGCAAAGAAAAAACUCGAGCGUGGCUGCCUCGCUGACACGCUGCCGGCGACAAACGGUGCCGACAACCUCGCCGAGCUCAUCCCGUCGCUGCCCGUCGAGAAGCGGUUACUGCUGCCGCCCGCCGGCUCGCAGAGGCGACAGUACCGUGGGUAUUGGUUCCCGGAGUGGCACCUGUCGGCCCUGGCGGCUGUCCGUGACCACUUCGAGCCCAAGCCAACGGACAUCUUCCUGGUGAGCUGCCCCAAGUCCGGUACCACCUGGCUUAAAUCACUGGCCUUCGCCACCGUGCAUCGUGAUGUCCACCCGCCGUCCAGCCGCGAGCACCCUCUCUUGCACAAAAACCCGCAUGGCUGCGUCGAAUUCAUCGACGCAAUCUAUCGGCAACCGGUCGACGUUGCACGGGGCAUCGUCGAGGCGUGCCCUUCCCCGCGCAUCUUCGGCACCCACUUCCCUUUGUCCUUGCUGCCGGAGCGUAUCAGCGGCGAUGGCAGCGGGUGCCGGAUUGUCUACAUCUGCCGGGACCCCAAGGACGUGGUCGUCUCAUGGUGGUGGUUCAUGCGCACCUAUGUCCCAAACCCCGAGCAGGUUCGGUUCGAGGAGGUCUUUGACUUGUUCUGCGAGGGCCGCACAGGCGCGGGCCCUUAUUGGCGCCACGCCCUCGAGCAUUGGGAGGAGAGCCGGAGAAGGCCCGGCAAGGUGUUGUUCCUCAGGUAUGAGGAGAUGCUGCGAGACCCGCAUGGCAACCUUAGGAGGCUGGCGGAGUUUUUGGGGUGCCCCUUCUCUGAGGCGGAGGAGAAAGCCGGUGUCAUGGACGCCAUCUUGGAGCUCUGCAGCCUGGACAAGCUAAAGAAGCUGGAGGUGAACCAGAGCGGCAACAAGAUUAAGAACGGACUCGUGAUGAACCAUUCCUUCUUCAGGAAAGGGGUGUCCGGUGACUGGAUCAACCACAUGACGCCGGAGAUGGCGGCAAGGCUCGAUGCAAUCGUCCAACAGGAGCUGCAAGGCACCGGAUUUGGCUUUGGCAUCCCCACGCCACACCGCUUCCGCCGCAGAUCCAUAGUCCCCAAGCUGGAGUACUACCUGCCCCUCUUCGGCUCCUUCGACAGCUUCCUCCGGGCGUCCCGGCGCGCAUGCUACCUUCUCUCAUCGGACCUCAACAAGGUGGUCAAGCCCAAUGUCAUGUUCCUGCAGGAGUGCGGGCUAGGUGGUUGUGAUAUUGCCAAGCUGUGCGUCUCUGCGCCGAGGAUGCUCGGCAACAAACUGGAAAGCGUCCAGGCAAUGGUGGCGCACGCCGAAGGUCUGGGUGUGCCCCGUGGCUCGGGGAUGUUCAAGAUUGCGCUACAGGCUGUCGCAUUCCUCAGCGAGGAGAAGAUCGCCGCCAAAGUGGACUACCUGAAGAAGACGUUCAGUUGGUCGGAUGCUGAGGUGGUCGUUGCUUUGUCUAUGGCUCCAAUGCUGCUGAAGAGGUCAAAGGACAUCCUGCAGCGCAGGUUCGAGUUCCUUGUCUCUGAGGUGGGCUUGGAAUCGGGGUACAUUGCUCAUCGGCCGGUAAUCCUCUAUUAUAGCCUGGAGGGCCGGAUCAAGCCCCGGUGCCAUGUUCUAAAGUUCCUCAAGGAAAACAGAUUGCUCGAUCGCGACUGGAGCUUCUAUACUGCAGUCAAUAGGUCUGAGAAGUAUUUCAUGAAGAAGUGCAUAUGCCCUUACAAGGAAGCUGCACCACACCUUGCUGAAGACUAUGCAGCUGCUUGCAGAGGGGAAAUGCCAAGUAAUUUCAGAUUUACUUGAACCAAAAAUGGGCUAAGGAAGUUGGUUGCUUGUGUAUGGCGCAACAAAGUUUUCACUCUCCGUAGUAAGCUGGUAGUUCCUGUUUUGGCGUUCUUUGCCAAACUAGAUGCUCGUUAUUUUCUGUAGUAUUCCUGUUACAUGCCGGUUUGGUCAUUGCUGAAUGCUAACUUCUGUCAAACUGAUAAUUUUAUUCUUGAGCCCGGAUAUGUUGAUGUUGUCAUUCCUUAGAGAACAUCCCUGA